AUGAUUGUCGUGGGAGUUAUUCAUUAUAGGUGCAACAACGGCGUCGAGGAAAGUAGCCUAUUCGUCGUGACCGCAAUUAUGUCAAAUAUAGUGCAGAAAGCAAAGGAUGCCGUGACUGGCCAUUCGCACCAUGGCGAUACCCAAACCACCUCUGGUGUCGGUCAAGGAAAUCAUGGCACCCAGGGGACCACCCAAGGAACAACCCAUAGCACCGGUGGAGGCACGACUUCCAGCAUUCAGCCACCACAUUCCUCAAACGUCGCCAAUAAACUCGACCCCCGGGUGACAGAGGACCAGUACAAUCCACGGAUGUCCACGAGCACUGAUAGCACUGGUUCAGCCCUUGGUACAGGAGCAGUGGGCGGCGCAACCGGCGGAACAACCGCCCACAAAAGCUCUGGAGGGACCGGUCUGAUGCACACUGAUCCUCUGUCCGGUGGGAUUGGGGGUACCAGUCCAGGCCUUGGUUCAGGUACAGGUCAUCACGCAACUGGCCACUCCAGCUCAAACGCCGCGCAGUCAAGUGUUGGGUCAGGAACGGCCAGCCGCACUGCUGGUCCCCACAGUUCCAAUGUCGGAAACAAACUCGACCCACGCGUCGACUCAGACCUUGACAAUAGCCGCACAGUUGGUGGUAACGCAACUCGCAAGUAG